AUGCUUACCACCGGCACCGACGAGGACGAAGCAGCAGAAGAAGCAGGAGCAGCACCUGCCCCCGUACCUGAUGAAGUCCCCGAAGAGACCCGCGCGCGCUACGUACGCACUUCUGGCUUUCGCGCCGACGAUGUGCUCUGGCACCAGCGCCUCGGACAUCCUUCACGCGCAACGCUAAAAAACUGCAUCGACGCAGGCGUCUUCACUCCAAGAGCGCUCCUGCGCCCAGAUGGCACCGAAGUGAGAGGCGCGACACAUCCGCGCAACUGCACCGUCUGCCCCGAAGCCGCGCUAAGCCACCAGCCGUUCCCGCUGCUCGAGCCAGGGACGAACCGCUACCCCAAGCUGCACAAGGUGUACAGCGACUUCCUGAAUGUGGGACACUGCGGAGUUGACGACGAACUGUACACGCUUACCGACAUCGACGCCGGAACACGUUACGUGUGGGUCGCAAACGUGGAGUCCCGCGACAGAGCCAAUCAGGUAUUCCGCCUCUGGCUGGCGCACGCGCAACGACAAUCCGGGGAGAAGCUGAAAAUCUGGCAAUCUGACGGCGCGGCAGAAUUCCCGAGCAAGCAGACACAGGAUUACCUGGCGCAAAAGGGGAUUGAGCAUCACAUCUCUCUCCCCUACGCACACCAGCAGCAGGGCGUAGCUGAGCGGACGAACCGCACGCUCAUGACGAAGGUGCGGGCGCUGAUGAAGCAGUCGAAGCUACCGCCGAUCUACUGGACCUACUCGAUGCACCACGCCAUGCGGGUGCACAACCUGCUGUCAACCACCGCCAUCACCGGCAACUUGUCCCCGCACGUAAAGUGGACCGGGACUAAAGGGGACACAUCCAUGCUCCGCUUCCGCCACGACGAGCAGACAAAUGCGAACGCGAAUCGCAUUUACGCGAACGAUGGCCACAGCUAUACAACGCCCGACAAAGCCGCUGCAUCAAUCCUGGAGCAGGACACUAGGGGCGAGUUCACAUGGGGAGAUUUCCAUAGGAGCGACGACCAUAACGAUUCCUCUGGAGGAGGAAUGGGUGGAGCAGGCGGAAGCGACAAAGGCGCAGCACAACCAGCACCACCUGAACCAGAGAGCGAUGACGACGAUGUGCAGGAAGUCAUCCCGCAACGUCGCCAUGAUAGCACUGUCUCAGGGCUGCAGCUGCUCGGGCUCCACACCGCAACCUCGAAAGCGCCACGUGUCAUCGAGCCACGAAACUUGCGCCAAGCUCUCAGUGGACCACACAGCAAAGAAUGGCACGAGGCAAUGGACGCGGAGAUCAAGGCGCUCGGAUCCCGAGACACCUGGGUGUUAGUCGACCGCGCAGCAAUCAAAGGCGCAAGAGUUCUUUCGGCCAACCGCCACACCUCCGUCCGAAUCCUGCUCGCCAUAGCAGCUACUCGACAUUUGCCUCUCCGCCGCAUUGACGUAAAGAACGCGUUCAUGUACGCGUUAGUAGAUGCAGUCAUCUACGUGGAGCAGCCGCACACGUACGGCGGAGAGGAUUCGCACAUGCCGCACGAUCCUGGGAUGUACCGCCGUGAUUUCCGCGGCAAAUACAUCCUACUCACUGUCUACGUUGACGACCUGUUUUACACAGGAUCAAGCAACGAAUUACUCGAGCAGUUCGAAAAGAGCGUGGUGGGGCGCGUCGACAUCACGUGCAACUACGAGGUGAAGCAGUUCUUAGGCCUCAACAUCUCCUACGCGCCUGAGGCCAUUCACCUCUCAGCGGCUAAGUACGCAGAGGAGCUAGGGAAGCGGUUCAACAUUUCACCUGCACCGCUCUCUACUCUCUACCGAACUCCUAGACCGAACCACAAACCUGACAACAAAGCCCUAUCCCCUGCUGGAGUUCUGAUUUACUAG